AUGGCUGAGACGAGAAGUCAAUUGUUGAAAUCGAUCGACGAGUUGCGUCCUCUACUCCCCGUCAGUGACGCCAUUUUGGAGCAACAUGAUCGAACAACAAUCCUCCGCCUCACUUGUGCCUAUUUGAACCUCUUGAAAUUCAAAUCCACCCAUAUGCCCAUGCCGAAUCCAUAUGAGAGUUAUCCGACUGAUUUUGAGACAAUGAUGUUGCAGUCCUUGGAGGGAUUUUGUGUGAUUCUUGACGCUCAAUUCCGUAUUCUUUAUACAACCGAGGGAGUGAGCACGCAUUUGGGCUUCUCUCAACACCAAAUGUUGGGUCAAUUCCUUCACGAGUUCCUCCAUCCAGACGAUUUUCACUACUUGCAACAAUCCUCCACGCAUCCCGGCGAUUUUCCGCUAUCAGCCACUCCUGUAAUCAUCGAGGCCGCUCAAAUUUUUACCCUUCGAAUGAACGCAAAGUUGCCGAAGCGAAACGCCGGUUUUUCACAACAUGGAUACAAGACCGCAAUCUGCACAGGUUUCUUCCGUGAUUUCCACUGGGCUGGUUGCUCGCAGAAAGAUGUCCUCAUGAUCAAUUUUCAACUCAUAGACAAGAGUGGCACUGACGUCUUGCUAGGACGAGAGAUGUUUUUCAUUCGAUGCACACCCGAGUUGAGGAUCAUCUUCAUCGAGGGGCGAGCUGGCAUCCUUCUCGGCUACAAUCCGGCGAAUCUCCUCAACAAGACGAUGUACGAAAUGGUGAUCCCUGACGAUGUUGAGUGCAUUGUGAGAGCCCAUAUGAGAUUGAUUCGACUUCACGAGUACCAAUCGGUGACGGUGAUGGUUCGACUCUUGAAACAAGGCGGUGAUCUCAUCUAUGUGACGCUUCAUUUGUGCAAAAUCCCGGCACUCAAUUCUGAUGCCAUUUCUCCCUACAGUAUCGGACUGAUCGUCACGGUUUUCGGAACCGAACGCUGUCAGAUCCAGAGUUUUCUCCAAGAUUGCCCAGCCUAUACAUUGACAUCGACUGGGGAGCAGUCUAUCGGUUACUAUUCAAAUGUUUACUAUCGCGGGAAACAAUGCGGUCAAAAAGACGACGCACCGAUGCCAAAGAAGAAAAAGAAAAUGGGA